UUCACCGCCUGCGGCCAACGCAGUCGAUUCGAUCGCUCCGGAAACGAUUCGUUAACGCUUAUACGGUGAUCAAUUCUGCCACUCGGAGAAACCAAUAUGGAUAUCGGUACCAAGUCGAGCAAGGCCGCCUUCUCCAUUGAGAAUAUCUUGGAGCAAAAGACAAGAACGGCACGGAGUCCGCCCAUCGAGACACCCCAUCGAUCUCAGUCGCGACGGGGCUCCUCCCAAAGUCCUGUGGCUGGGACAGCAGGAAUACCUUCGCCACCUGCAUUGGCCAUGCCCAAGGCAGCCCUGGCCACCAGCUCAUCCAUCGCCCUACCCGCCUCCACUUCCAAUAUCUAUGAUCUGUCCCGCGAGGCAGCCGCCGCCCAGUAUGCCCUUAAGAAUAUGGACUCUAGCACGGUGCUGGCACCCACCUCGUUACGUUUCAAUCCGAUCUAUCCGGAUCCCGCCUCGUUGUUCUACCAGCAGGUGCUCAACCUCCAGAAGAAUCCCUCGCUCUUCAUGCCCCACUUCCAAGCAGCCGCAGUGGCCGCCGCAGCCGCCGUCCAGCCAACAGCCUACUGUGAUCAAUACAGUCCUUUCGCCAUGGACUGCGAAGGCUUUCCAAAUCCGGCCUCAGCUGCCGCCGCUCUCUACUGCAAUGCCUAUCCGGCGGCCAGCUUCUACAUGUCCAACUUCGGCGUGAAGCGGAAGGGCGGUCAGAUCCGGUUCACCUCCCAGCAGACAAAAAAUCUCGAGGGACGCUUUGCCAACUCCAAGUAUCUCUCACCGGAGGAACGGCGACACUUGGCGCUCCAAUUGAAACUGACCGAUCGCCAGGUGAAGACCUGGUUUCAGAACCGGCGGGCCAAGUGGCGACGGGCCAAUCUCAGCAAGCGCAGUGCAUCCGUCCAGGGAGCAAUGGCCUCGGCAGGAUCCCCCACCACCGCCUCGAGUAGCAGCGUUCCCGUCCUGAACCUCGGCAGUGGGAGCCGGAGUGGCCAGCAGAGCGACGAGGAGGAUCGCAUGUAUCUGUCCGAGGAUGAUGAGGACGACGACGAGGAGGAGGAGACGGAGGAGACCUCCAAGUGAAGCUCGGAGAUGGCCCACUUACUCAUAAGAUAGUUCAGCAUGUAGUUAGGUUAAAUAAAUUUAUUUCAAUAGAAUUAUGGGUAGU